AAAAAAAUGAACAUUCUUCGCAAUAGAAGUAAUUAACUCUUUAAAUAAUAAAAACAAUCGCUGGUAUGAUAAAAAUAUUUUUUAAUGAUAAUUAAAAUGCUUAUUCAACAAAUUAUUUACUAUAAAUAUAUGCUAAUCAUUAUUUAAGGUAGUAUAAUUUAUUUUUAUAGUGUAAUCAUGGUGGUUUUUUUCAAGUACCUAGUUACAGUUAGUUUAUGUGUAUUAGUGCAAUCUGAAAGUUUCCAAUUAAUAAAACUUAAUAAAAUAACAAAUGAAAUUAACGUCGAAGUUAUUUCGCCUAAACAAUCAACAGCAGUAGAUUACAUAAAAAACUUUUAUUUGGUAAAUAACUGCACCAAACUUUACUUAGAUAAAGUUUAUGAACUGGAAAUGAAAGAAAAAUGUUACCAAUCUCUCCUUAAUAAUUUAACAGACCGAAACACAUUAGACAGAAGAGCAAUCCAAACCGCGCAUCAAGAAGAAGUACGCAAAAUAUAUGCUCAUCUGGGAACAUCAAUUUUAAAAUUAGAAGAAACCAUACAAAAUAAAACUGAAGAAAUUACGAAUGUGAAUAGAAAAUAUAUUAAUCUUAUGAUAGAGUUUCGUGAGCAACAGCUUAAUAUCUCUGAAUUGGAAACAGAUGUGUCAGGGUGUAAUUAUUUGUUAGAUGAUUGUGCAAAGGCUAAAAGACAAAUUACAAGAAGAAAUAAAAUGUGUCAUAAAAAGUUAUUUGAAUGUGUUCAAAAUUUUACUAAACCACAAAGUUCACCAGCACCUUGUUUAAUAGAUUGUGAUAGAGAUUGUCAAAGAAUUUUAGUGAAUUAG